UUUUUCUUUGAAUUUCUUUAUCAAAUAAAAGUGACAAUGUCUAACUGGAAGAACGUCAACAACUGGCACUGGGUCAACAAAAACUGUUUGAAAUGGGCACAAAAAUGGUUUACUGAACAAUUAGUUGGACUUGAAGCUGAAAAGGAUGGUAACAAGGCUUCCAUUUCCAAAAUGGUUGACUGUUCUGGUGAUGUUGACUUGAAUCAAAGAAAGGGAAAGAUUAUUACCAUCUACGAUGUUGCUUUAAGAUUGAAUUGGAAAGGUACUCUUGCUGAUGAUACCGAAGUUACUGGCUCUAUUGAAAUUCCUGAAAUUGCCCAUGAUACUGAUGCUGAUGAUUUUGUUUUUAAUAUUUCUAUUUUUGAUGAAAGCAAUGAAAAGCAAGUGAUGAAGGAAGUCAUUCGUAAAGGUUUGGUUCCUUUAAUCAAACAAAAGUUUGAAGCUUUUAGUCCUGCUAUGAUUAAGGAGAACUGUGAUGACGUUUAUAUCGAGUCUUCACAAAUGGGAGUUCCUACACCUCCUCGUAUGGCCAGUCCUACGGUCAAGGCCAAUGCCAACACGACUGCUCACACUACAUCUACUCCAGCUACAACAGCCAAGGUGCUUAACACAACCUCUAUCAAUGAUCAAGAAGAAUUUCAGACAUCGGCUCAUGAACUCUACUUGACUUUGACAGAUGCUCAACGUGCUUCUAUUUGGUCACGUGGACAUGUCAAGCUUGAACCCAAAGUAGGAGCCAAGUUUGAGCUCUUUAACGGUAAUGUGACAGGUGAAAUUCUUGAACUCGAGCCUGAUAAAAAGAUUGUAAAAAAUUGGAGACUUCGAUCAUGGCCUCAAGGUCAUUAUUCAAAGGUUACACUUGAGUUUGUACAAGGAAGUGAAUCUGUUUUAUUAAAGAUCAAUCAAACUGGUAUUCCUAUUGGUGAAGAAGAAUUAACAAUGAAGAAUUGGAAUGGUUACUACUGGAAGGCUAUCAAAUCUGCUUUUGGAUAUGGCGUUAAUUUUUAGAAAAUUUUAUUAAUAAAUAUUGAGUUCUAUUAGUAUAA